CAAAACAGGAAAUGGCGGAAAGUGAACCCACAUUUAAAAAGUUUGUUUGAUCUGUUUAGGUUAGUUUGUUUGAUAUAACCGUCUGAAUCUGGGGGAACAUUGGAGCUAAUGCUAAGCUAAUGCAUUUAUUAGCUUAUUUUGUUAGAGUUGGUUUGUUUGGUCGUAGCAGCAGGAGCUAAUGCUAAGCUAAUGCAUUUUUAGUUUGAGCUCUCCGUCUGAAUGUGGGUGAACACCGGAGCUCAUGUUGAGCUUAUGCAUUAGAUAGUGUAAUUUGUUAAAGUUGAUUUGCUUCGUCUUAGUUUUAAGAGAAUACAGGAGCUGUUGCGUUAGUUUGUUUGAGCUAAUGCUAAGCUACUGUUGCUAACAUGUGGAGAAAGGGCUCGUCUGAGGGCUCCGACCGGUUUGAAUAUUUACAGACUCUGGUCACAGAGUUUCAGGACACCGACAGUGAAGAGGCAAAGGAGCAGGUGCUGGCUAACCUGGCCAACUUUGCGUACGACCCAAAGAACAUGGAGUAUCUGAGGGAGCUGCAGGUGACCGACCUCUUCUUGGACAUGAUCACUGAGGAGAAUGGAAACUUUGUGGAGUUUGGGAUUGGGGGGCUGUGUAACCUGAGCAUGGACCCUGAAUGCCGACGCAUAAUCCUGCAGAACAGCGGGAUCAGCUUGGUAACGCAUUGUCUGUCGAGCCAGAGGGAGGAGACCGUCCUGUCAGCCAUCACUACACUCAUGAACCUCACAACGCCGUCAUCCCGCUCUGAGAUCACUGACCCAGCCAUCCUGCAGUGCAUGCUGCGCUUCUCCCUCUCAGAGAGCCCCCGCCUGCGCAACCUGGCUGCUGUGUUUCUGCAGGACUGCUGCACCGAGGAGCAGGUGGCCCGAGCAGAGCAGCAGAUGCAGGGACAGCAGACUGCAGUCGGCAUCCCGCUGCCCAGGGACUAACUUACAGCUGAGGUAUUUAUUUGGGAGACUUUAUUGUAUUUUAGAGGAUUAGUUUGCUCUCCAUGAGAGUGUAAGAAAUAUGUUACUAUAUAUGGGCACCCAGACCUCACACCCCCACUCGUCUGGGGUCAGUCUUUCCACCACAUGUUGAUACUGCUGCAGGGAUCUGCUGACACAAGAUUGAGGUCCCUCAUAGGGAUGCACCGAUCUGAUAUCUGGAUCAAAUAUCGGCCCUGAUAUCAUUAAAUAGAUGGAUCGGGUAUCAGAAAAUGCAACCUGUACCUGAGGCGAUCCUUUGCCUUUAAAUCUAUUGUGACGCAAGCUACGUCAUUCGUCAUGGAGCGAAGGAGAGAAUCUGCUGUGUGGAGGUAUUUCACACUAUUUUAACUGCUGUUGCACAAUUGUUUAUUUUUGUUAAAAAUAAAUAGUUCAUCAUUUCAUUAA